AUGAAGGCUACACUGCUCCCUCCCUCAGGCGUCUCCUCGACUCAGCUAGGAGCUUGGAUCAUCUGGAACAUCUGGAUAUCCAGAAAUCAGAAGAUCUUCCAGACUAGAACCUUCUCCCCCCAAGAGACAACCCUGAAAGCUCUGAUUAAUGCGAAAGAAUGGCAGGACGCUCAGAUAUCUGAGGUCAUCAGUAAGAAGCACUAUCCUCCCCCACAGAUUGUUGCCCCAAUCGAUGCGAUCAUAUGUAGAUCUGAUGCGGCCUGCAGAACAGGAACCCCAAUCGCCGGUGUCGCGUGGAGCUUCUACCACGCAAAUGGAGAGAUUAUCACAUCUCACAGCAAAUCAAUCUCCUUUGUGAUUUCGUCUUUUGUGGCUGAGGGACUAGCAUUGCGAGAAGCCAUGGAACAUGCAUGGUCACUAGGAUUGACGAACAUGAUCUUUGAAUCUGAUUCCAAACAGCUGGUGUCAGCAGUUGAAGGCGAAUCGAACUUCUCUGAUCUCCAUGGAAUCGUCUCCGACAUUAUCUCUCUAGCAAACUCUUUUGAUUCUGUUUCUUUCAAAUUUCGUAACUGCAGUAACUUUGCUCUAGAGGACAGUCUCGCAAAGCAAGUUCUCGGUUUAGUUGUACCAACCACAUUUAAUUAA